GCCGAGCCCAGGCGCGGCGGUGCCUGCGGAGCUGUCCAGCCUCCCGGCCCGCAGCGAGCCCGCCGUGCGGGAGCGAUGAGCGCAGCCGCCGCCCGGCCAUGGAGGAGGAUCUGUUCCAGCUGAAGCAGCUGCCGGUGGUGAAGUUCCGCCGCACGGGGGAGAGCUCGAGGUCGGAGGAGGAUGGAAUUUCGGGAGAGCACGAGGUGCAGAUCGAGGGGGUGAGGACGGAGCUGGAGCCCGUGGAGCUGGGGGAUGGAGCUGCAGUGCCCAAGGAAUUCGCCAACCCCACCGAUGAUACUUUCAUGGUGGAGGAUGCAGUGGAAGCCAUUGGAUUUGGGAAGUUCCAGUGGAAGCUCUCUGUCAUUACUGGAUUGGCAUGGAUGGCAGAUGCCAUGGAAAUGAUGAUUUUAAGUAUCCUUGCUCCUCAGCUGCACUGUGAGUGGCGCUUACCCAGCUGGCAGGUUGCAUUGCUCACCUCGGUGGUGUUUGUGGGAAUGAUGUCCAGCUCCACGCUCUGGGGAAACAUUUCAGACCAGUAUGGGAGGAAAACAGGCCUGAAGAUCAGCGUGUUGUGGACCCUCUACUAUGGGAUCCUCAGUGGAUUUGCUCCCAUUUACAGCUGGAUCCUGGUGCUGAGGGGCCUGGUGGGCUUUGGGAUUGGAGGAGUGCCUCAGUCGGUAACUUUAUAUGCUGAGUUCCUUCCAAUGAAAGCCAGAGCAAAAUGCAUUUUAUUAAUAGAGGUGUUCUGGGCCCUUGGGACUGUGUUUGAAGUGCUCCUGGCAGUGGUGGUGAUGCCCACGCUCGGCUGGCGCUGGCUCCUCAUCCUCUCUGCCCUCCCACUCCUGCUCUUUGCUGGCCUGUGUUUUUGGCUGCCAGAAAGUGCCAGGUAUGAUGUGUUGUCUGGGAACCAGGAGAAGGCUCUGGCCACUUUGAAGAGGAUUGCCACAGAAAAUGGAGCUCCAAUGCCCUUGGGAAAACUGGUGGUUUCCAGGCAGGAGGACCGAGGCAAAAUGAGGGAUCUUUUCACCCCCCAUUUCCGCUGGACCACGCUGCUGCUCUGGUUUAUUUGGUUUUCCAAUGCUUUUUCAUAUUAUGGGUUAGUUUUAUUAACUACAGAGCUCUUCCAAGCAGGAGAUGUUUGCAGCAUAUCCAGCAGAAGGCAGGAAGUGAAAGCCAAGUGCAGCCUGACCUGUGAGUACCUGACAGAGGAAGAUUACACUGACCUGCUCUGGACAACCCUGUCAGAAUUCCCUGGUGUGUUGGUGACCCUGUGGAUCAUCGACCGCAUCGGCCGCAAGAAGACCAUGGCCCUGUCCUUCCUGGUCUUCUCCUUUUGCAGCCUCCUGCUCUUUCUCUGUGUUGGAAGAAAUGUUCUUACUGUGCUGCUCUUCAUUGCAAGAGCUUUUAUUUCAGGAGGAUUUCAGGCUGCCUAUGUUUACACUCCUGAGGUUUAUCCCACAGCCACACGAGCUUUGGGCCUGGGAACGUGCAGUGGAAUGGCCAGAGUGGGAGCCCUCAUAACCCCGUUCAUUGCACAGGUGAUGUUGGAAUCCUCAGUGUAUCUGACCCUGCUGGUUUACAGUGGCUGCUGCCUGCUGGCUGCCCUGGCCUCCUGCUUCCUGCCCAUCGAGACCAAGGGCCGUGGCCUGCAGGAGUCCAGCCACAAGGAAUGGGGCCAGGAGAUGGUGGGCAGAGGAUCUCAUUCCCCAGGGGAAUCACAGGAAUGAUGGCACAUGGAAACCUGCUGGAAGAAUGAAGGAUAGGAGCAAGAUGUCUCACAAAACCUCCGAGCCUGAAGCAUGGAAAGCUGACCACCAUCACUGCCAUCCUCACGUGUCAAACUGCAGGAGUUUGGGGUUGAACCUCAGCAAAUUGUGUUUCUGCUGCUCUUUGCUCACACCCAUAAAAACUUUUUUGGAUGGAGAGGCCUUUGUUCCAGACAUCCUUGGAAGUUUAGCAGGAGGGGUUUCUCUUCAGUCUGUCGUGCUUGCAUGGUCAGCUCUUCAGCUUAAAAUGUCCUGUGCCAAGCAAAUGCCAAGUGACUGCAGCCCAGCAUAAGCUGUCAUUAAAACACUGAGCUCUUGAUGCCUAAAACCAAGAAAUUCAUCUUUAGUGUGGCCCUGGCCUGGCACAGGGUGGAUUCCAUCCCUACCACUAUGGAUUAAAUGCCUGCCUUGCACUUUUAGCCAUCAAAACCAUCACCAAAAUGUGAUUCUGUCAAACCAACCCAGGCUUUCCAGUUGGGUUUUGUACCUGGAGAGUGAAUUGCUUGGAAACUGAUUCUGAUGUUUCUCCCAUCCCAGGUGGGUAGUUGGAGCAGGGAGGGUGCUGUUGCUGCAGAGGGACCUUGUAGCAGAAAUGGAAAUCACAGAGUCAUUAAGAUUGGAAAAGACCUCCAAGCUCAUGGAGUCCAAUGCGUAAAUCCUCGUUUUUUGGAGCAGAACUGGACUUCUCUGGCAUUGCCAGGAACCUUGAGCUCUCUGCCUGUUGCUUGGAGUGAGGAGGUUCUCACUCCUGGGCUUCUUUGUGUGGAUCCAGGUGUGUCCCUGCUCCAUUACCUGGGCACAUCCUCAUGGUGGGGUUGCCCCAGCUGGAGUCAGGAGCUGCUGUUGGGAUGGAGCCACUCCUGACAGCUGGGCAGGACCUUUCCUGCUGAUUGUACAGGGACUGCUGACAAAGGAAUGUAGCUGGAAUAAGUGAACAAAAGCAUGGGAAGAGCCCAUCUGCAGAGCCCCUGCAUGAGGAACAUCCCUCCCUCAGGUGUGGCUCCUCAAGGGAUGAUCCCACUCUUGUCAGGGAAUGUAAAGAGCUCAGGGGAGGACAAGCUCGUCUGGUUUGUCACAAACCUGUCCCUGGGCACGAGUCAGGUGGCAGAGUCUGUGGGAAUGUGUAGAGAUCUGAGAUGUGCCUCAUCAAGUCUCAGUGGAUGUUCAGGAUUCCAGACCUUGGGACACACAACCAAAUGUGGGUGAGGUGGACUUGGUGAGGUGUGGGAGCAGUGGGGGUUUGUGGUCUGUGUGAGCAAGUGACUCACCUGAGCACAGGUGAAUGUGCAACACAUUUUUACACUUGAACAUUUUAAGUACUCUGGGAAGCAGGGCCCAUUCCUGGGGUCAGGAAUAGGUCUCCAAGUCCAUGUUUGGUGCAGUAGAGGUGAGCACUGUGGGGCACAGCUGUCACUGAGGGUCACAGCUCUGAGGUCACUCAGUGCCCUCCACAUGCCAGGCUGCUCCUUUGGAAACUGAGAGGAACACAGGAGUGGAAAAUUCCUUAAGGAAAGCCAGGAAACUCAGGCUGAUGGAAAAGGCCAAAGAGGUUGAAAUUGUGUGAGGGGGGAUUUCUGCUGAGAACUGAGUUUGCCAAGGCACUGAGUGUCCAUGCAGUCCCACUGGAGGAUGGUGACUCAGUGAAGGAUUCCAGGAAUGGUUGGUGGAAACAGGCAAACUUGGCUUUUCCCAGUGAGUUGCAAAUGAAUUCAGCUCCCAGGGGAUCCCUGGGCUCAGCUGUGGGUGAUGGCACAGAACCCUCUGUCCCUUCCAGCUGGGUUGGUUCCCUUUGUGCCCCCUGUCCCUGUGUCCUCACACUCCACCAAAAUCAAGCUCCAGCUGAUCCCAGUAAACAGACAGGGCUCUCCUGGCACUGCCACCAACCACAGCUCAUCUGUUCACCUCCCCUGUGUGCCUGGGGCAGAGCCAGAGGGACUUGUUCCAUGGAACACCAGAAUUCCAAAGUUAUUUGGCUUGGGAGGCACCUUAAAGCUCAUCCAGGCAGGGACACUUUCACCAGCCAGGUUGCUCCAAUCCCCAUCCACACCCGACCUUGAGCACUUCCAGGGAUGGGGAACCUCUCUGCUUUCACUUGGAGGGGCCUCUGAUGUGCUGGAUGUGGGACACAGCAGUGAGGAAGAGAUCCUGGAUGGGUUUAAUCCGAUGUUACCCCACGUGUGUGGCCAGUGAGCUGGAAAAGCUGCUGGGCUGGGAUCUCCUGGAGCUGGGUUUGCUGUGCUCAGUCAGGCUCUGCACCCCUCAGUGACAGCUCUGACAUUCCAUCCUCAUCCUGCUGCUGCCUUGAGGCCAUUCCAGUCCCCCAGGUGUUUCCAUGCUCCCUUCCUUGGCCUUGCCAUGAGCUGUGUUUGCAUCCCAAAACUCUGGAAUUGAGCCUGGGUGGAGGUGACAAAGAAUCCAAAGUGCAGGACAGGCCAUGGCCCAGUUUGUUACUCCAGGAGUUAAAAUUCUGCUUUCCCAGGGUAAUGUUCACAUCUCACUCCAUUAUUUUUUUUAGGUGAAUAUUCAGCAGUUUUAAAGAAUUGCAUCCAACGGCCUUUAGAGAGUUUUAGGUGAAGUUUGUCUGUUCAUGCACACCUGGAUCCUACAGAUAAGCCUCUUGCCAGGUAAAGAUUUAUAGGGAAUGCAACAUUUUCCAUGUUGAAUAGAUCAGUUUUAACCUGUGACAUUUACAGUGCUAACCAAAAAAUGGAAGGCGUUUUUGCUUUUCACUUUUUAUGAAUUCUGCACUAAGAAAACCUAUUUAAUGAUAGAAAUACCAAGAUUGGUGUUGCUGGAGCUUUGAUUUUGUUAAAGCUUGAUCCAAAGCUCACUGAAAUCUGGGAACAUCCCCUGUGGAUAUCCAUGGGCUUUGGAUCAGCUGAAUGAAAGGGAGAGGUAGGAGCCCACCACAGCUGAUCCCACCUGGCUGAAUUCAGCAGGAGCCCAUUGGGCACUGCAGAAACAGAGCUGGAAUUGAGGAUUUGCAGGAAUUUGCAUAAAAUUAAUAAGAGAAGGCCAUUUUAGCUCGUUCACUGAGAACACUGGGGUUGACACACACCAGUCCUAAAUCACCACCUCUCGAUUUUAUCAGUAGGGCAGCACCAUUUAGGUACAAAAUAAACUUCCAAAGAAUCCUUUUCCACACUGGGUAUUUCUCACUGGUAAAGGAAUCACUGCAACUGCUUUGUUUCAAACAGGAAGGUGAGAUCCUUUGGAAUUCAAACAGAAUUGGGGGAUUUGGUUUUGCCAAGUGUCCAAGAUAGCCAAGCUGUGGGAAUGUAAUUCCCCAAGUGUGCUUGGAUGGGAUGAUUUGUUAUUCCCAAAUACUUGCUGAAAGAGCAGCGAAUGUUUCCAUGUCUGAAUGUACAGUUUCUAAGCUGGAUUUACAUUUUAAUGUUGAAAAACUUGGUGUAUCUCAAGCUUGUUGUAAAAUACUCCUCUGGUUCCUGUUCCUGACGUGGCAUUGGAGAGUUGAAGUCCACAUUAGAUAUUUUAUGUUAAACAAAUAAAUAGUUUUUUCAGGAAAUAA